GUUUUUUUAAAUUAGUUUUUAAAUCACAGUUGACAAACGAUACUAUAUUAGUUGGAGGUGUACAGCACCGUGAUUAGACAUUUAUAGAGAACAGUGUUUUUCCUGUUCCCUCUUUUCUCGUCUUCCCCGUAAGACACUGUCUUUGGUUUGUCUGGCAAAUUACACUUCAAUUUCCUUGCCAGUCUGUCUUUUCCACUCGGUUUCUUAUAAAAUUGCGGCAUUAAGAUAUUUAAAAUAGAGGCAUAAGUGCUCCCUGGAAAAGUAGCAUUGUGGUGUUUCUGUAUUAAAAAGUGUUAAAAAUGUGAAGGAGCCUGUUCCCUCCGGCCGCUGUAAGUUUGAUGAAGCUGAACUUCCGUCCAAAGAAACUGCAGGUGGUAAACACUGAUUUCCACAGAGGGGACGCCGCUGGCUGUUGGUCACCUCCUUACAGUGAAAAAGUGCUGAGAAAUUCAGUGAUUCUGUCGCUAGUUCCUCGAGGGCUCCCCACCCCAAAUAAAUUAAUCUUCGGUAAUGUAUCUGUAGGAACUUUAUUCCAAUCGAGACGGAAAUCUGUGGGUAUCUGUUUGUUAAGAGUUCCUGGUUGCAUUUCUUUUGUUUUUAAUCUUGUAACUUUUAAGUAUUCUCCUGAAGUUGCGUUAUUUAAGUUGUAAACUCUUUUUUUGUCUAUAGGCGGGGCCAGUAAUAAAAGUGAAAAUUCCAAAAGAUAAGGAUGGUAAACCCAAGCAGUUUGCAUUUGUGAAUUUCAAACAUGAAGUGUCUGUUCCUUAUGCAAUGAAUCUACUUAAUGGAAUAAAACUUUUUGGAAGGCCCAUCAAAAUUCAGUUUAGAUCAGGAAGUAGCCAUGCCUCACAGGAUGUUAGUUUGUCAUAUUCCCAGCAUCAUGUUGGAAAUUCAAGCCCUACCUCCACAUCUCCUAACAGACAUGAAAGGACUGUGGAUAACAUGACUCCAUCACCACAGAUAAUUCAGAGAUCUUUCUCUUCUCCAGAAAAUUUUCAGAAACAAGCAGUGAUGAACAACGUUUUGAGACAGAUGUCAUAUGGCGGGAAAUUUGGUUCUCCACAUCUUGAUCAAUCAGGAUUUUCCGCAUCAGUUCAGUCACAUAAUCAUAGUUAUAACCAGUCUUCAAGCUCCCAGUGGCGUCAAGAUACACCAUCAUCACUGCGUAAAGCCAGGCAGAGUUCUCAUCCCUACCUAGCAGACAGACACUAUAGCCGUGAGCAGCAUUACAGAGGACACAGAGAUGAUUACUUCUAUGAAGACAGGAAUCACGAUGGCUGGAGCCAUGACCACGAUAACAGAAGAGACAGCAGUAGAGCUGGAAAGUGGCAUUCAUCUCGAAACUAACAAGUGUUCAAAGGACAUUGUUUUUAUAGGGUCAUCCUAGGCCCUUUGGACUAAGUUGGUCUGGAAAUGUUUUGUUAAAACUGUACAGAGCAGUUUUAUAAGAUCCCACAUUUCUUUAUAAAUUUUUAAAACAUGUAGCUAUCUAUAGUCUAAUACAGAAAUGAGAAGACUUGUGAUUACUGUUUUUACAUUAAUAACCUUUCACCUCAGGGUUUCAUGAAGAGGAAAGCGUUCAAUGCGCAAAAGAAAGUUCAGCAAUUUCUAAUCGUUUUAGAAAUUGAGGAAGGCACGUGUUAUAUGUAUUGGUUGUAUCAUAAAGCAAAUAUUUUAAUGAUCUAUUCUCUAUUGUAUUGCAAGAACCUGCUUAUUAGUGAAUCACAUUUUGUGUAUAUAAUAGAAAACAUUCAAGUUGGUAGUCUAAAAUACAGUAGUAUUUUGUGAACAAAUGAGAAAAUGUAAUUUCAAUGAUUCGUUUCACUAACAUUUGAGAAAGAUUAUUGAUAAAGUUUGAGAAUAAUCAUAUUGUUUAAUUUCAUAGAGAAUGUAGGUGUAUAAGGUCUGUGACAUGCUCUUUGAGUUUUGCCCUAAUUGGAUAUCAAGUGUAAAUCUACACUUCCUAUUUCAUUCUAAAAUAUUAGAAUUUUCUCAUUAAAUCAUGUUUGACUGAAUAACUGAAGUCACUCAGGAAGUUAAAUAUCUGUAAAUGUAUUUUCCUUUUAAUUAAAAAUUCAGUGUUAGCGUAAAUUCUCCUUUUUAGGAAGAACAAAAAUGCAAAUGCAGAGUCAGAUAAAAUGAUUUAUGAAAGUAUGCUUGUUUGGGAAAAGGUUCACAAAGCCUUUAAGUGCUGCCUCUAUUACUCAAACUUUAAAAAUUUACAAUUUUUAAAGUGCCCAGGGUAUGUGUGCAAGGACACGUUUUAUUAUAGGGAUUGUACAUGUUGUCUUUCUGUUUGAACAUUUGAAAGAGUUAAAUCUUACACACUUUCUGAUUUUAAAAUGUUUAAAUCCUGUUAAAACUUUUAUGUAUCAAGAUGUUUCCCUUUAAUUGUAGAGCUUGUUUAUACAAAUUCACUCCUUGAUAUAUUUGGAUCCUUUUUAAUAACUAUAGCAUUUUUAUACUGUUACUUUUUAAUAUAUUGAAAACAUAAAAA